UCAGAUUCAAAGUGAUAUUCAAAAGGUUUAGUGCGUGUUUGUCUAAUAAAAUUUUAAUUCUAUAAAAUAAAAAAAAUAAAGCAGUCUUCCUUUUUUAAUUAAAUAAAUUAAGAAAAAAAGCAGAGAAAAUAUUCUUUAUAGUUUUCCUAUAAAAAAAAAUAUAGAAAGAACAUAAGUGAAAAAUAAAACGUGUUGAACAUAAAUAAUUUAAUUUAAAAAUGGCUUCAAGUUCAAAUAACUUAAAUAAUUCAGUGGUAGCUCAAGAUAAUGCACAGGAGAAGGAUACACAAAGUCUCCUGCCGCAUUUGGAAUCACUUGAACGCAUGAUGAAUUUGCCAAUGGUUGGAGCUGCAUGGCAACAAUCUCAAGACGUUUAUGGCAAAGUUAAAGGAAACAAUCGUCUCUUUAACUGGGCCUUGAGCACUGCCGAGGAUUGUGUAACACGUGCCGUUACCAUUACCUCACCAAUUGUCUCCGCAUUCGAUCGUCCAAUUCAAUAUGUCGACCAGACUUUAGUCAAGGGUAUUGAUAAGCUUGAAGUUAAAGCUCCAAUCAUCAAAGAUACACCCACCGAAAUUUAUAAUCAAGCUAAGACCAAAGUCAUCGAUGCAGUUCAUCCACAUAUUGAAAAAGUUGUUAAACUCAAAUCAGCUGGACAACAAAAGGCUUCAUCGCUGAAAGAUUUGGCCUGGCAAAAGGCUAAUGAAGUUUUGGCAACACAAUACGGAUCGUUGGCUGUGAAUGGUGUCGAUAGUACAACUGCCCUUGCCGAAAGGUUACUCGAAUACUAUUUCCCAAACAAAGGCAAUGAAGUUGAGGAAGAAAAUGAUAAGAAACAAGUUGCAAUUAUGAACGCUCGCAAUCUUAAAGCCAAUGAUAUGCCAAUAUCCGCCAACGAGGACCCGGUAUUACACACAGUCCAGACAGUCGGCCGCCUAUCAAACAAGAUUUCCCGCCGCGUCUAUAGCACCGUCUCCUCGCAAAUCAAGCAUAUGAAGAAGGAGAAUGUCAACGAUUACAUUGCCUCAUUGAUUGCUGCCUUAAGACUAACGCAAUAUAUUAAUUUUAUUAAUUCCUCCAUUGGAAAUCAAAUCGAAAGUAGUUCGCAAACAACGGCGGCAGUGCCAGUGGAAAAUUAAAACAACAACAAAAAUUAAAUUAAAUUAUUUAAUAUAAAUUAUUUUUAAAAUACAUAAUAAAAUUAUACAAAUAAAAAAAAAUAAUAACUAAUUUUAAAAAAAUUCCAAUAAGUAAUGAUAUUUUUGCAUUUUUCAUAAUAUUUUUAGAAUAAAUUAUCAUUUAUUAUGUUAUUUUUCUUUUAAUUUUCAUUUUUCUUUUUAAAUUAAUAAUUUUAAAUCCCUUUUUCUUUGUACAUAAUUAACUUGCACAAAUUAUUAUUAUUAUUUUUAUUAUUUUAUGUUUUCUAUCUUUCUUCUUCAUUAUUAUGCAUGUAUUGUAUUUAAAAAAAAAAGAAAACAAACAAAUCAAAAAUAUUAUUAAAUACAAAAUUAUUUGUAAUAAACAUUUAGCAGUGCUAAAUAAUCAAAAUUAUGACGUUUGUUUUUCUUUUUGUUUUGUUUGUCUCACUUCAGCUAAACAAAAUGAUAUGAGCAAAGAAUUUGUUUAAAAUUACGCACAUGAGUAAGAUAUAAAAUUACCUAUUAUUAUUAAUAAUAAAAAUAUAAUACCUUCAUUGCAUAGCAUAAACAAAUAGUAAGCCGAAAAAUAAUCUAUUACUAUAUUUAAAUAAAGAUAUUCUAAAAUGAAAAGUGAA